GCUAACUGCAUUUGUGACUGUUUACAAGACAACGGUGGAUUAUUGGCGUCCCAGCCAAUAAUACGAAUAUUAAUAUCACAUAGUCUCAGCUCUACACAAACGUCGAUUAAACCCACAAUCAGUGUUAGGUAUGCAAGCAAGGAAACGUGUUGUAACAACGUUACUGACCUACUGUUUGACAUAAAGGACGCGGUCAGCUAAAAGACCAAGAAAAAACGGUUGUGGAGUUCAAGGCAACAGUUGAAAAUGGGAAUCUCAGGUCUGCUGCAGUUCAUCAAAGAUGCAGCUGAGCCCAUCAAUGUUAAGAAAUACAAAGGCCAGACGGUGGCCGUGGACACAUACUGUUGGUUGCACAAAGGAGCAUUUUCAUGUGCUGAGAAGCUUGCUAAAGGAGAACCAACUGAUCAAUAUGUGCAGUACUGCAUGAAACUUGUGGACAUGCUGUUGACCUACAGUGUAAAACCCAUACUGGUGUUUGAUGGACAGAAUCUUCCUUCCAAAAGAGAAGUGGAAAAGUCUCGCAGGCAGCGCAGAGAAGCCAAUCUCCAAAAAGGUCGACAGCUCCUACGUCAGGGUAAACUAUCUGAAGCCAGAGAGUGUUUUACCCGUUCUGUUAACAUCACACCAGCCAUGGCUCAUAAUCUUAUUAAGGCAGCAAGGUCAAGGGGAGUGGACUGUAUUGUGGCUCCAUAUGAAGCUGAUGCCCAGUUAGCUUACUUCACCAAGUCUGAUUUGGCCCAGGCUGUAAUCACUGAAGAUUCUGACCUUUUGGCAUUUGGCUGCAAAAAGGUCAUCCUCAAAAUGGACAAGCAGGGAAAUGGUCUAGAGAUAGACCGAAGUAAUCUGGGCCGUUGUCGCUCCCUGGGUAACAUUUUCACCGAAGAGAAGUUUCGCUACAUGUGCAUCCUCUCUGGGUGUGACUAUCUGCCCUCCAUUCAUGGGAUCGGACUUGCAAAGGCCUGCAAGCUGCUACGACUAGCCAAAGACCCUGAUAUUGUCAAGGUGAUCAGAAAAAUGGGCCAGUAUCUAAAAAUGAAUUUAGAUGUACCUGAACAGUACAUCGAGGGAUUCAUUAGAGCCAAUAACACUUUCCUCUACCAGCUGGUGUUUGAUCCUGUCAGGAGGAAGGUAGUGCCCCUUAACCCAUACCCAGAGCACAUUGACCCAGCUGCCCUUACCUAUGCUGGACUUAAUGUAGGAGAUGACAAAGGCUUACAGAUGGCUUUAGGAAACCUGGACAUUAACACUCUGGAGCAAAUGGAUGACUUCAACCCAGACAUACCUUCUCUGCAGCUAUCAAUACACCGCAGUCACAGCUGGAACAACUUGCCAGCCUCUUUUGGGCCCAGUAUUUGGAGUGAAGACAUCAAAUCAGACAGGUUCUCCUUCACCAGAGGGAAGGAGGGAAUUGUUAACCUGGCUGGUCUGAAGCUGUCCUGCAGAGAACUACAGGUGAAGAGACCAAGAGAAGACUCCACUAUAACAGACCAGGAUGUUCUACAGCAGUACUCAGUCUCCAUUCAGAAGCGAUCCAAGCAUGAACAACCCUUAGAGAAAUGGGUACCUACUAGUCAGCCACGGCCUCGCAACUGUUUCACCACGCUGCUUCAGAGAAGAAACCAGGAAGCUGAGGAGGACAGCCAGGGCACAUGUAGCAGGUUUUUCAGCAGUUCAAGUUCAGCAGACAGAUCUAGUGAUUUGUCCACUAAGAAGCGUGCAGUUGUGACCCCCACUCAAGACAAAUCCUGCCAUGGCAUUAAGACUGGUGACUGCGAUGGUCCCGAGGUUCCAUCCAUAGGAACCCCCAGUCCUCCAUCACCCAUUACUAAACUUGCUACGUCGGCCAGUCAGGGCCUCAGAGAGUUCAGUUGGUCCGGCAACUGCUCCUACACUGAACCAACAAAAGACUGUACGGCCACCUCACGUCUGUCCAUCCUGCCACAUUAUAAAGGCGAGACAUUUUCCUCAUCUCCAAAGACCAACAAACUCUCUGGAGACAUAUCAUCAUUCCAUCAUCUAUCUUCUGGACCAAACUUGUUGGACAAUCUCCUACACUCUCCACCAUCCAAAAACAUCACCAUUAACAAUGAGGACAUCCCCAACUACACUCCUCCAGCGUUCCAAGCGAAUGUAGCUUUGGAAAUGAAUUCUAGUAAGGAUUCAGAGCAAGUGAAGGACACAAGGACCACAAUCACACAAUCAAAACAAGCAAAGAAAUCUGAGAUGCUGACUUCAAAGAUUUCAGGUUUGUCAAAGCUGCAGCCAAGCAGUAAGAGUCACAUAGGAAAGGGGCAGACAUUUGGCCCAGCCAGAGCAAGUGGAUUAAGAAAGCGAUGUGCUGGUUCUCAGAGGGAAGCCUUUUCCCCCAAUAAUGAGAAUAAGCCUGGUGUCCAGACAACCAUUAGCAGCCUCUGGAAGAACUUCAGCUUCAGAAGAGAUACCCAAAAGAUGUGUUCCUGUAAACCAGGAGCACCCAUGUCCCCAGUCAAAGACAACCUUUUGGACAAGUUGCCACAGAGGGACAGGGCUAAAGUCACCAGCCUUUGAUGGGGCAGGCUUUGUGUCUGGGAAGCUUUUGAACAUACCCCGUCAGUCAUUUGUCAUUUGUUUUUUAAUAUUUAAUUUUUAAUAAAGCUCUCUGAUUCUAGGGUGUCAUGUGUUGGUUCCAGAUCUUCUAAAUGCACACAAACCACAGCAAACAACUAUGAUUUAUGUCAGAGUCAAAGAAUGUGUCACAUGAAAGGCUGACUGAAUAUGCACAUACCUAAGAAGGUACUGACUGUGUGCUAAUUACACAAGGAAUGUGUUAAGACUGCUGCAAACAGUUGUACUCUUAAAGAAUUACAAGAUUUGUAUAUGUUUUUUUAAAUAGAAGUACUUAUUUUAAUAAACACAAUACCCUCCUUCA